GAGAGGCGCUGCCUGCCGCGCACUCCCAGGCCCCGCGCGAGUGCCGGCCGCUGGAACCCGCGAGCUCCGAGCGCCCAGCCGGCGCCGGCAAGUCCCGCAGGGCAGGUGAGGCCUGGCAGUCCGGUUCUGGCGCCUGGAGGACAGAUGUGUCCGGGCGUCGGCACUCACGGACCAGAGCCCAAGUGAAGCUUUCGGAAAAGGCAAGACGGCGGCGAGGAGAUGCCCGCGGAGAACCCCUGCGCCCCUGGCGCGCCCGAUGCGCCCGGCGCCCGGGGAACGCCGCGCGCGCCCGGCCCGGAGCCGCGCCUGGCCAGCCAGCUGCUGCCCGAGCUCUACGGCUUCGUGGCGCGCGUGCUGUUCUACCUGGCGCCCGUCUACCUGGCCGGCUACCUGGGGCUCAGCAUCACCUGGCUGCUGCUCGGCGCGCUGCUGUGGCGGUGGUGGCGCCGGAACCGCCGCGGGAAGCUCGGGCGCCUGGCGGCCGCCUUCGAAUUCCUGGACAACGAGCGCCAGUUCAUCAGCCGCGAGCUGCUGGGCCAGCACCUGCCGGCCUGGAUCCACUUCCCGGACGUGGAGCGGGUCGAGUGGGCCAACAAGAUCAUCUCCCAGAUCUGGCCCUACCUGAGCUUAAUUAUGGAGAACAAGUUCCGGGAGAAACUCGAGCCCAAGAUCCGGGAGAAGAGCGUCCACCUGAGGACCUUCACCUUCACCAAGCUCGACUUUGGACGGAAGUGCCCCAGGGUCAACGGGGUCAAGGCGCACACCAGCAAGCACAACCGGAGACAGGUGGUCCUGGACCUGCAGAUCUGCUACAUCGGGGACUGCGAGAUCAGCGUGGAGCUGCAGAAGAUACAGGCUGGUGUGAACGGGAUCCAGUUGCAGGGCACGCUGCGGGUCAUCCUGGACCCCCUCCUGGUGGACAAGCCCUUCGUGGGAGCCGUGACUGUGUUCUUCCUUCAGAAGCCGCACCUGCAGAUCAACUGGACAGGCCUGACCAACCUGCUGGAUGCGCCGGGAAUCAAUGAGAUGUCAGACAGCCUGCUGGAGGACCUCAUCGCCGCCCACCUGGUGCUGCCCAACCGCGUGACUGUGCCCGUGAAGAAGGGCUUGGAUGUGACCAACCUGCGCUUCCCUCUGCCCUGCGGGGUGAUCAGAGUCCACUUGCUGGAGGCGGAGAAGCUGGCCCAGAUGGACCACUUCCUGGGGAUCCGAGGCAAGUCAGACCCCUACGCCAAGGUGAGCAUUGGCCUGCAGCACUUCCGCAGCAAGACCGUCUACAAGAACCUGAGCCCCGCCUGGAACGAGGUGUUUGAGUUCUUAGUGUACGAAGUCCCUGGGCAGGACCUGGAGGUGGACCUGUAUGACGAGGACACUGACAGGGACGACUUCCUGGGCAGCCUGCAGAUCUCGCUCGGGGACGUCAGGACCAACAGAGUGGUGGACGAGUGGUUUGUCCUGAAUGACACAACCACUGGGCGGCUGCACCUGCGGCUGGAGUGGCUUUCGCUGAUCGCUGACCCUGAGGCUCUGACUGAGGACCACGCCGGCCUUUCCACUGCCAUCCUUGUGGUCUUCUUGGAUAGCGCCUGCAACCUGCCGAGAAACCCUUUUGACUACCUGAAUGGUGAAUAUCGAGCCAAAAAACUCUCCAGAUUUGCCAAGAACAAGGUGAGCAGAGACCCUUCUUCCUAUGUCAAGCUAUCUGUAGGCAAGAAGACAUACGUGAGCAAGACCUGUCCCCGCAGCAAGGACCCUGUGUGGAGCCAGGUGUUCUCCUUCUUUGUGGGCAGUGUGGCAUCUGAGCAGCUGCAUCUCAAGGUACUGGAUGACGACCAGGAGUACGCUCUGGGAGUGCUGGAGUUACCCCUGUGCCAGAUUCUCCCCUAUGCAGACCUGACCCUGGAGCAGCGCUUCCAGCUGGACCACUCGGGCCUGGACAGCCUCAUCUCCAUGAGGCUGGUGCUUCGGUUCCUACGUGUGGAAGAACGAGAGAUGGGGAGCCCAUACACGGGACCUGAAGCCCUAAAGAAAGGCCCUCUGUUCGUUAAGAAGGUGGCCACCAAUCAAGGUCCCAAAGAUCCGCCCCAGGGAGAGGGUCCUGCAGACCUGCCAUGCCCCCCAGACCCUGCUUCUGCUACCAAGGAAGCCGCCAAGAGCACCACGGCAGCCACCAGUGCUACCACCGAGCCCACACCCCAAGCGACAGGCCCAGAGCCGAAAGGCAAGGACAGUGCCAAAGGUUUCUGUGAGCCCAUGGGGGAGAAGAGGAGUUCGGCCUCCAUCUUCCUGACUGUCCCAGGCCCCCACUCGCCAGGGCCCAUCAAGUCACCCAGACCCAUGAAAUGCUCUGCCUCCCCAUUCGCAUGGCCGCCCGCGGGGCUGGCUCCCAGCAUGUCCUCACUCAACUCCCUGGCCACCUCCUGCUUUGACCUGACAGAUAUCAGCCUCAACAUUGAAGGCAGGGAUUUCAGGCCGCGGAGGCUGGGCGAGAUUCAGCUCACUGUGCGUUACGUGUGUCUGCGGCGCUGCCUCAGCGUGCUCAUCAACGGCUGCAGAAACCUGACACGCUGUACCAGCAGUGGAGUUGAUCCUUAUGUCCGUGUCUACUUGUUGCCAGAAAGGAGGUGGGCAAGUCGUAAGAAGACCUCAGUGAAGCGGAAGACGGUGGAACCCCUGUUCGAUGAGACAUUUGAAUUUUUUGUUCCCUUGGAAGAAGUACAGAAGAGGUCACUAGACGUCGCAGUGAAAAACAGUAGGCCACUUGGCUCACACAGAAGGAAGGAGCUAGGAAAAGUACUGAUUGAUUUAUCAAAAGAAGAUCUGAUUAUGGGCUUCUCACAAUGGUAUGAGCUCACUCCAGAUGGACAGCCCAGGAGUUGAUGAUGAGCAACAUAAUCACCUUUAUAUUAAAAUGUGUACAUAUGUAUAUUUUGUAAUUUAAUUCAGAACAGCCAUUUGAAAAUAUAUAUACAUACAUUCUUGUGUGAAUUUAACUGAAUGGAUAGUAUUAGGAAGAGAUAAACGUAAGUGAAAGCAAGAACUACUCUCUCUUGGUUGGAUUUAAUUGUUCAAAUCCCGAAAGAAAUGGGGUAUUCAUGGCUAAUAAAUGCUUACCUCAGUGGUGAUUUUUCACUUUUGAUAGGUAAUUGUAGACCAUCUGAAUUCAGGCCUUGCCUGAAUGCAUGUGUCAAAAAUGCCCUAUCUCAGACAUAGGGGCUGGGGGAGGUCUGUUCCUGGAGCAAUGGCUGACCAAGGGAGGAGGCUUCUUUUAUGGGACUAAAAGGUGACCCACCUCCAAAUUGCUCAGAGCUAACACUACCUAAGCCCUUCUGGCUGCCACCUCUGGUACUCCUCUGCCUGGGGAUUUAUUCCUGUAUCUGAAUGAUGGGAACAAUGAUAUACCCAAACACCUUGCGUUAAAUACCCCAGUGUGGAUGGCCUGUCACCAAACUCCAGCAUAUUUCCAUAGGAAAUGCAAGCCAAGUUCCAGACCCAGGUCUACAUCUGCACCCCCCCUAGCAGAGCUGGACUCUGCUGCAGUCAGUGCCAGAGAGGCUGUCUGUAUCCUCUCAGACAGAUGUGGGAAUUAGCUCCACCUUUCUAAGAGACAGCUGGUUCCCCUAAUAAAUAACAUGUAAAAAGCAAACCAUGUAAAUUGUAUAUUUAAACAAGUGCCUCCUUUGCAUUUCAAACUAUAAAACCAAAUAUUCUUGUUCUCAGCUGCUCCUAGAACUGUCAUGUUCUCGUCUCUUUUAUCCGUUAGGCAAUGCCCUGUUGCCAUCAGUUUUCUCUCCCCACCACUGCAUUCGCUGCAGCUUUUCUGAAGAAUAGUAACAUCUUAAAACAAAGUUUACUCUGUUACUCUCACUUAUAAAUUAUCUAUGAUUUUCUCUUUUCUAUAAGAUUAAAGCCUACUCCUUAAUUUGCCUUUUAAAUCUAACAUAGUCUCCAGUUUUUUGCUACUUAUUUGCUCUAUUCUAGAAUAGUCCAAAUAUUACAUCCUGCUUAUUAAAAUCCUACUCAACUCUUAAAGGCCUAUCUCAAAUCCACCUCCUCCACUAGGCCAAUCCACACUAAAAUGGCCUCUCCCCAACACCUAGAGUAUAGCAAUACUGUCAAUACUGUGCAUUUUUCAUUUUAACAAUUCCCUGUCUUGUAACGUUUAAUUUAAAAAAAGUUUACUAGGUAUCUACAUGUUAAGCAACUGCUUGUAUUGUGUUUGGUAUUUUUUGUUUCUGUUUACUCUCCAAUUGAACUACAGUGGAACCUCGGUUCUUGAACUUAAUUCAUUCUGGAAGGCUGUUAAAGAAGUGAUUUGUUUGAAAACAGAAUCACUUUUCCCAUUAGAAAAAAAUGUAAAUUCAAUUAAUCUAUGCCAGACCCCCAAAUGAUUCACUGCUUUAAUCUUUCUUAUAUACGGUACAUGUCUAAUGUACUUUUUAAUCUAUAAAUAAGCACUUAUUUUCUUAAGUUUAUCAAACCACCCCCUACUAGCCUUAAACGAAUCACUUUCAGGUCAGCAAGCAGCAUCUUUAUUUGUUCAUUUAUCACUGCCUCCGAAAUGGCUGUCACCAACUGCUUUUUGUUUAUCCAAAUCAACGUUUUUUCUACCUCUUCAAUUGCCUGUGAUCAUUGUUUCUUUCACAGUUAGCAACAUUAGCAGUCUUGACCUCUUUAUGUUUUAAAAUUGUGCUAAUUAAUGACUUCCCCAGCAACAAAAGCAUUCUCUCUUUGUUGCCUGAGCCUUUCUUGCUGAGAUAUCAGCAUGAAAGGGCUGUGAGGUUGAAAACCGAAGCUUGGUUCCACAACCUAGACAUUUUUUCUGUGAGCAACUUGGUCAAGAACAGAAUUGUUGGAGAUGGGAGCCUUUGGAGAAAUGAGGUUUGACUAUAUAAGCUAUUUGAAUUGAUUUUUACCUCCAUCAUCCAAGAUUAUGGUAGAUGUGUAAUAAAUUUGUUUCUGCUGAGA